UCUUUGUUCCUCCCGCUUGCUGGCUGACGCAGAGGGUCAUGUGUUGUUUGUGCUGUGGCCCGUAGAGAUGUGUACAGGAGUAGAAGGGAACGGAUUGCUAACCGAGCUAGCUGGAUCCUCCCGGUUACAGAAGCACGGCUGAACGUGGACAUGUUCUACGCGGUAAGCUUUAUUUCGUGGCCCGCAGUGGACUGUAUUCGUCGCCGCUAAGAGGCAGAGAGACUUGUUUUGUUGAGGCGGAGUAACAAAGCCGGUGUGUGAGGCUUGCAUAUCUGAGCUGUAAGAGUCCCCGUUAGCUGGCCUAGCCGGACCCGGGAGCUUCGUCUCCAAAAACAAGAAUGGGGUCUGAGUCUAGUCGGAUUAGCCUGCUACUAAAGUGACCUUUGAUUGCGAUGGCUAACUUCACGAAUUACCAGGGGGGUAAAGCGGCUAUGUUGUUGGUGGAGACUCAGCAGAGGAGCGUGGGGGCAAAUCCCGCGGCCGCCAACACAAACGGAGACUGCUCAGUCGGGGAACCCCCUUCCCCGUUAAUUAAUAUAGGCGGCGGAGGAGGAGGUGGAGGCUCUCGUUUUAACCAACAUUUGCCGCCGACCAGUCACCUUCACCACCAACAAAACCUCAGCCUCGACUCCCCUAAGGAUCAACUGCAGCACCAUCACUACCAGCUGGCUCCACAGCAGCCUCUUUCCGGGGAAAACACCACCGAGUCCCCGGGCAGAAAAGCCUCCUCCUCCUGCUCUUCUGUCAGCCAGGUACACACAGCCGAGGACCCUGCAGCUAGCGGCGGCAGCAGCCAAGUCUACGCCGCUGUGACCGUCGCUAACAGCUCGGAAGUCGUGGAUGAUAUUCGAAAGUGCGGCUAUCUGAGGAAGCAGAAACACGGACACAAACGUUUUUUUGUGCUCCGGGCUGCCAGCCACCUGGGGCCGAGUCGUCUGGAGUACUACGACAGCGAGAAGAAAUUCAGGAACAGUCUGCGGACCGCCGCUGCGAGCGGAGGAGCGGUGGCCGCUUCGCCUCCGAAGAGGGUUAUUUACCUCUACCAGUGCUUCACGGUGAACAAAAGAGCGGACUCCAAAAACAAACACCUCAUUGCUCUCUACACUAAGGACGAGUACUUCGCUAUUGUGGCUGAAAACGAGCUGGAGCAGGAGGACUGGUACGUGGCCAUCAGUGAGUUGAUGAGCGAGGGGAAGAGGGGCCACCUGGACUCUGAUGAUUUAGAUGAUGGAUAUGGUACAGUCAGCCCCGGGACUGUGUUUAAAGAGGUUUGGCAGGUUAAUGUAAAACCUAAAGGACUGGGUCAAACUAAAAACCUCACAGGUGUUUACCGGCUAUGCCUGUCCACUAAAACCAUUCACCUCGUUAAAUUGAACUCUGAAACCCCCUGCGUUAACCUCCAGCUGAUGAACAUCAGGCGCUGUGGACACUCUGAGAGCUUCUUCUUCAUAGAGGUGGGCCGCUCCUCCUCCAUCGGGCCCGGGGAAAUAUGGAUGCAGGUGGAUGACUCAGUCGUGGCCCAGAACAUGCAUGAGACCAUCCUAGAAACAAUGAAAGCCCUGAAAGCUUUUGCAGAAUUCCGGCCAAGGAGCAAAAGCCAAUCUUCAGGCUCCAACCCCAUGUCAUUCAUCACCACGCGGCGGCAUCUGGGUAACCUGCCUCCGAGUCAGACAGGGCUGCAACGCCGGUCAAGGACGGAGUCGGUGGUAGGCACGCCACCCUCUAGUAAAAGUUCUGGGGCGAGCGGCUAUCGCUUCCGCACGUCCAGUGAAGGUGAGGGGACGAUGAAUCGGCCGUUCCGCUCUGCCACAGGAAGCCUGGUCCACCUUAACACAGUCCGUGCUCCACAUGGUCGUCAGGAUGGUGGUGGGAGUGGCAGCAGCUGGAGCGGUGUUGCCACAGGAAACGCUGGCACGAGCACCAGCAGCAACCGCUAUGUCAGAGCUAUCCCAUCCACCUGUCAUGCCCGAUCAGCCUCACUUCCCGUCUCCCACUUCCCCUCAACCACCAGUCCAGUCAGUGUUUCCUCCAGUAGCGGCCAUGGCUCCGUCUCUGAUACGCUCACCCGCCCCUCAAGUACAUCAAUAUGCGGCUCCCCUUCUGAUGGUGGCUUUAACUCCUCCGAUGAGUACGGCUCCAGCCCCGGCGAUUUCCGGUACUUCCGGGUGAGGAGUAACACCCCCGACUCUCUGGGCAACACCCCGCCAAUUAGAGAGGAAAACUGUCUCAAUGAUUAUAUGGCCAUGGGCUGGAACCGGGAAGUUUUUGGCACCAGCUUGGGUUCUGGAAACAACAGUGGAUGUGAGACACCGCGUGAUGAGAGCACCUCAACAACAGAGGAUGAGCGCUUUUCUUCCUCAUCACUGAGGAGGAGGACGCACUCCUUCUCCAGGACCACUGCUGGUGCAACAGGAGCUUCUGGGGUGGCCACUUAUCAGAAAAUGACCCAGACUAACCUCUCACUGGAUGAGGGGUCAGAUGUAGUGGUACCAUUUGGGAGUGGGCUGCUCCGUGGCGGGCCAUCCUCCUCCUCUUCCUCGCUCCGCUCUGACUACAGUUCCUGCUCUGAGCACAGCCAGCAGAGCCGGCCCUCCACGCUCUCAAGGAUGGAGGUCAGAGCCGAACGCCCCCCUCUCUCUUCCUCCUCUUCUGCCAAGGAAGACAGCGGCUAUAUGCCCAUGAUGUGUGGUGUGGCCGUGUCGCCGCGGGACACUCCUCCUGACUACAUGCCUAUGCAACCCUCCUCUUAUUCCUAUCAGAUCUCCCAUUCAUCCCAGUUCCACAGCCCAGCUUUAGGUACACGUUCAGCCCACCACCACCCACAGCUCCAAUCACAAUCUUCCACGGAGUCUCAUGGCUACAUGAUGAUGCUCCCAGGAGGCUGUGGCAACUCUCCAUCUCCUCUGCAGGCCUCCCCUAGUAGUUCCAGGGCUGCUGGUGUUGGAGGAAGCAACAACAUAGCUGAGAAACCUGAAAAUGGAAAAUAUAUGGACAUGUCCUACUGCAGUGGUCGCAAGCUCCCAAGUGAAGACAGCAGUGUAUAUUACACACCAGGAACACCCGAGGGUCCCCUCAAAUCUUAUAGUCCGUAUUUCUCCCUCCCUCGCUCUUAUAAGGCCCCCAACAGAGAGAGGGAUGAGAAAGUGGAUGGGGAAUAUGUACCUAUGAGUUCUCCUGCUCAGCCAAUAUAUUCAUCAUUUGCAACUGCCUCAGUGUCGGUACCAGAAAAAAGGAUAGGAGGAGGUAGUAACACCUCCACUCCCUCCCACCCACCUCCGCCCUAUGGAGCUCACCAUACAACUGCAGCAAUGGCUGAGCGACGGGUUGUGAGGCCCACCCGCCUUCCCUUAGGCAGGAGGAGUUUCCACGGUCCGCUGCGGGUCAGCGAGCCCUCCACAGCGCCCACAUGUGCUACAAGCUCAGUCCCAGCCAUUGGCGUCUCACGUGAAGGGCCCUCAAGUCCUGGAGAGUAUAUAAAUAUUGAAUUUGGAGAACACUUCCCUCACCAACAGCAGCCCCCUCCCUAUCCACUCUCCGCUCAAGACGAAGCGUCUUCUCUGUUAUCCAGUGAUGAUCGGUGUUCACCCCCUCAGUCCCAAGACUACAUGAGUGUUGAGGUCGGGGCAGAACAGCAUGAUGCUGCUGAGUGUCGGGGUAAAAACCAGUCGCCCAGGCCUAGCCUCGUCGCUCCUUGGAACCUCCCCAGCUACAUUCGACCUCUGGUAAACAGCUCAGCGGUCACCGGUUCAGGGGGUCACUGGAGGACAGUAGGAGAUGAUUACACGGACAUGUCGUUUAACCUCAAUAGAGGUGAGAGGACUCAAAGCCCCACAGUAAUGCUGCAGCAUCUCUGCGUCAUAGAGGGACGCUUUGGUCAACCCCCCUCCACUUCCUCCUCAUCCGUUUCUCCUCCUCAUUCUACUUCAGCCCAGCAGCCGGAGCCGAAGGUGGUGCGAGCAGACCCCCAAGGCAGGAGAAGACACAGCUCGGAGACAUUCUCGUCCAGCUCCUCCUCCAAUUCAACUCCUUCAUCCUCAGCCACCCAUCCCUCUCUGUCUAACCCCAUGGCCCCAAACAGCAACGGAUCCCACCAAACGGAGGGACAGACCUCCAGAUGGGCCAGCUCAGCAUCUUUUGACAGCGUGUGGAUGUCUGUCGAGGGCGUAGGAGAUUCACCAGCUCACCAUGCCCAGGCGAGAAACGCAGAAAUGGACACAAUCUCUGGGAACAUCCCAGCAUCUGUCUCCUCAGGGGCUGCCACCAAUAGAAUGUGCAGGGACGUGUCUGUUGGCUACCAGAAUGGCCUCAACUACAUUGCCUUGGAGCUGAGGGAAGACGGGAGCAAUGCGGGAUCGAUGGCGCCGGGAGCCAGUAGCAACGGCAGCGGAAGGAGCGCACCAGUGGCGCCACCUGGGUUGGUACCUCUGCCAGAAAACGGAGCCUACGCCAGCAUAGACUUCACCAAAUCGGAUGGAGUCACCACAGCAACCAAGGACUGAGCGACAGAGGUCCACCGUGUGCCUCCUCCUCUUCCUCCUGCUCCUCAUCAUCUCCAGUCUUGGGGGCACUUGACUCUGCCUUUAAAUUUGGCCCCUCUCUCCCCUCCUCCAACAGUGACCUUCGACCUUCAGUCACACUGAGAAGCUGCUGUCAUCUGGUUGCAGACGACAUGACAAACAACGCUUGCGGGUUGUUCUUUUUUGAUGUUUUUGUUUUUAUGCAUAUCCUGUCCUGUUAAUCAUUCCCCUUUUAGUUCAACACUAUUAUUCUGCAGGCAGCGGUCAGUGAACUUCAGCUGGCACAAGCACAGGUAGCUUUCCUUUUUUCUCUCUCUCUUUCUGAGGUAUUCUAUAAAAAAGGGAAAUUUAGAGUUAACAGCAAAGGCAUUAUGGUACAAACAUGGAAACUUGAAAUAUUUUUUCAUCAUUUUCCACUAAUUUUUGUACCCGAUGCAUUAUCCAUCCUCAAGAUUAUUUAAUUUAGAUUUUUUUUUUGUAGGAAACCGUUAUAGAGAUAUAUUUUUUAACAUUACUUCAACUCAUUUGUUUGGUACAAAGCUUGUGACUGCGUCAAAUUUAGCUUCACACACAGAGAGCAUCCUCGUUCCCAGGUACAACACGGCUCCCAAAUCUGCUGCAAUACUGCGCCAGUAUCUUUGUUACUACAGUGAGGAAAACAUACAGCGUUACAGUAUUUAUUUUACUGACUGCACAUUAUUUAUUUCGUUACAGCAGGUACAGAUGUCCCGGUACAUUUCAUGCUUUGCUUCCUAGACUGAAGGUACGCAGCAGAGUGGGAAAAUAUUGCAGGAAAACCCCCAAGCUACCGGCCAAUUUUCAGAAAUCUUUGUCAUAUUUAAGACAUUUGAGACCACCUGGCAAUGUUGCUUGGGCAAAAUUAGGUCUUCUAUUUUUAAAAUGUUUAAACGUGUGCCAUCGAACAGCAUCGCAACCCAGAAUUUGAUCAGUACUUUCACCAUAAAGUCCAAUAUUACUCUUUAUGAAGCACACCUAAACGUUCUGUAACUACAUUUCUAGUGCAAGUUUCAUGUCUCAGCAGUAAACUAGGGAUGGUUGGUGCGGACUUAAAGGGACAGCGCAGUAUUUAGUGCAUACCAGAUAAGUUGGUCUUGAAGGCUGAUGCUAACAGCUAGUUUGAGUGCGACAGAUAAUUUCUGCUGUCUUAAAAACACUUUGAUCCACUCUGGUGGUUUCUAUAAACACUAUAUUGUUACCCUUCUGAGCCAUCAUCAUGUUUGACACAUGUUUGGCACACCACCUCCGGUCUCCAUUUGUGCAUAAAUAAUCAAUGACCUCUGCUAACUAACCACCCAGUGCAAACGUAAAAACAAUCUAAUCUGCUAGAAAACGGCAUUCACAUAAACCGCUGCAAUAUUUUUAAUAUUGGAGUUGUUUUCAGAGGAUUGAAAUCUGCUUUGGUCUGAGCCCCUCCUGUACUUGUCUUUACCAGGGCCAAUUCAUCUUAUAUUUUACUCUAAAAGAGUUAUCUACUGCAGUUAACCUGCUAACUGGUUGUAACUUAACAGACAAUUACUUCAACCUUAACUAUCCCUUUUAAAAAUGUUAUCUGACAUUUAUUGACAUGAAGAUAAAACGUAUUUCAAUAUUCAGCAGUCUUUCUGUCAAUAAAUCAGAAUAUGAUGUCAGACCGUCACAAACACACGUACUGGUCAAAGAUGAGCUUUCCCAUUAUCAAUUUUUACUACACCAGUUACAUUAAGUGCAGGUGUGCUGCUAAAUAGUACACAGGAAUUGUGUUCAGUCACAUUCUGAAAUAUACUUGGUAUUAGUUUUUGUUUGCAAAUAUAAUCUCUAAGUUUGUUAUGUGGCUAAUUACCACUUAUAUACAGCUGAGCCAAAAUUAUUCAUACACCUGGCAGAUUGAGAUUUAUAAUUUUUAUUCAAGCUAAAAGUUUGUUUUUGAAAGUAAGAAAAACUUGGUUUCAUAAAAAAAAUCUAAUUUGCUUUUUUAUUUUGCUUCAUUUCCUACAAUUGCUACACUAGGUUUUUGCUUGUGACAAUUUAUAUAUGGUGAUAAGUUCCAAGCUUGGAAGGCCUCCUUGCCAUCACCCUAAUCUUUAGCUCGCAGAUUCCAGUCUGGAUUCCGAAGUGUUAAUAUUACUUCCAGUCAGAAGAGACAUGUUUUUAAUAUUGAGAUUAAUAUUCAGACCCAAAUCUUCCAGGGCUUUGAAACACUAACCCUGUUUUUUUUUUUUUUUGCAAAGCUGAAAAUACCCUAAUGUUUGCUGUUUUGGUGACAAAAACAGUUUUUUUUAAUAAAGCUUUUCAAAGAGGAGACUUUUGAAAACCUGCUUGUGGACUAAAUAUCUGGAGAUGAUUACAAACGACAGGAUAGGGUUCCACUUUGCACAUGCCCGCUGUGGCCUUCUGGGCUAGGAACUACAACAGUUCAGCAGUUUAUGGGUCUCUUGCUUGGUCCUGACUCGGUUUCCGGCAAACAAAAAAUGAAAUUUCUGCACAAAUGACUCAAAACAUGAGUCUCAAUUAUUGUGGGAUAUCCUUUUAGCCUAGCAUUGCUUUGAAAUUUGUUUAAAAUAAAAGUGAAGCGUAGUUUAGCUGGGUCCUCACUUAACGCUUGAUCAGUUUUAAGAACCAUAAAAAAAAUUUUUAUAUAGAGUAUCAGUGUGAAAACAACUACAGGCAUUAGAGAAAUAAUAAAAUCUGACGUUACCCUGAAAAAAAAAGAAGAUCAGAUGUGGUUUGAGGUACUUUAUUCUGUAAAUUAGGGAUGAAUAAAUGUGUAUCAGGAGGCUCCUGUGUUAUUUCCCCCCUCUGCUGCUUGGUGGUUUAGCUCAGUUUUCUGUGAAAAGGACGCUUUAGACUGAAAUAGAUAGACGUCAUUUGACGUUGAUGUUCAUGUAAGUGUGGCUCACUUUGAAUGGCGGGCACAGGCGCUUUCAGCUGGAUGCACAGGCGUAAAACACAACUGAAUGACGAGGGCGACUCUUUCUCACAGGCUCUUGAUUUCGGCCAGUCAGGAUUUUUACACAUGGAUGUUCGUCAGAGGCUGGGCGUGACGUCAAAGGACGGUUCCAGUAACCCGAGCUGCAGGCCCUGGUGCAGCAGGCGGGACACACUGGACACCGCCUUGCUGCCUCCUCACACACAUUCUCACUACAUCAGGGUUUACCAUUUCUGGUCGUGCUUCUCUCUUUUAGAGAUGCUUAUUGUUGUCCCCUGAUUUGUAUUUAAUUAUUUUAGUAGCCCAUAUCUUUCUUUCCCCCCCUUUUUUUUUGUUUUUAAUUUUCAGAACAGAGCUAGAAGGAAUUCAGUUUAGGAAGAGGUACCAUAUUUUGUCAUAACAAAAUAAGUGGCUAAACCUGAUCCCAAUAGUCUCAUUCUCUCCACCAAUCUAUCUCCUCCUUUUAAGUUCCAGUGUUGACAAAAACCAAGAAGGAAACAGGUUUUUAAGAGGUACAUUUGUAAUGUGAGGGGGUAACAGAUACAUUUUUUUCCAUGUAUGUGGAGGUAAAGGGGAUUUGGAAUCUGGAGAGUAACCUCCAUAAGUGCUGUUUUUAAGCCUGUGAGGUGUCUUAUGUUUAUAUUAUCGAACAACUGGAGGUCUUUUUCAUUCGUCCCUCCUUGAUCGAACAAAGAUUUCAUCUUGACAUCGCAUCUGUCAGCCAGAGACAAACGAGAUGGUUUUUCUUCUUUUCUUUUUUUUUUAUGUUUGCAAAAAUGUUUUUUUGUGUACUUACUAUGUUAAAGCGACGUAUUGCGUUUGGGUUUUAGUGCUAUGGUGGGGAAAAAAAAGGAAAAAAAACUGUUGGUGUUAGAGUUUUGUGGGGAUUUUUGGAUUAAUCCCUCUUAAUUUAUUCAGAAAUGUCCAUGUUGGAUUGCCUUCAUGUUGAACUUCUUUACCCCCUUAUUAAAAUUUCUCUUAUAUCUCCCAAUAUACAGAAAGGUUCUGUUUAUUUUUUGGCAACAACACAACCUCAAAUGUCGAUGUUUUUAAAUGGAUACGAAAAUGCGGAGAUAUCCUUGCAGAUAUGACAUAAUGUAAUGCAUUAUUAACAUUAUUAUUAUUAUUAUUAUGCAAACUUUAGUUUGAUUUUUCUCAAAUCUUUUGAUUUCUUUCGUAUUCUAGUUUACAGAAAGUGAAAAAGAAAUCGUAUUUUUUUGGAAAACAGAACAAUGAGUGUUUUUUUUUGGGUUUUUUUUUAAUUGCGUAGGCAUUUUGCAGUUAUUUGUAUAAAACCAACCUGCCUAAUGUUUAUUUUUUGUAACUAUAAAUCAGUUUAUUUGCUGCUGUGUAGUACAGUUACAAGUGGGAGGGAAACACGAGGAUCAAGAUGAUUAUCGUUGCCCCGCCUUUUUUGUUCCUUUCCCAACCACCUCUGAAUGCUUUUGAUUCUUGGAAAGGGGGUUUGGUGGAAGCCAAGAAGAAGAAGCAAGUCCCGCUCUUCCCUGCUGCUUGUGUUCUUGUUUUCCCGAGUGGAAUGCUGUUGUUUAUUAGCUUUACAGGAAAGAGAGAGGAGGUGUGUAUCCUUCGUAUGUGCAUUACUUUUCAGCGGCGUACGUCCCAUGUAACGGGGGGAGAAGGAAUCUGUGUUGGAAAUGGAAAUCCUCCUUGUGUAAAUAAGCAAAGUUGUUGCUUUUUUUAUGUUUUGAUUGGCACCUCAGCAGAUGCCCCAUCCCAUUUUGUUUUCUUUUUGUUUUUCCUGUCUUUCCUUCUCCCUUUUGUUUCCUCGUGGAGGGAAAGGGGGGCACGAGGGGUACUCGAACGCGAUUUGAGCAUCGGCAUAGUGUUUAUAUUUAUCAAAAGUUUUUUGCUUUCGAUAGAGCUAUUGCAAUAAAAAUGUGUUCAUGUAAUCUUA